UCGACCUCUGAGUCAACCGCAUCGUUGAAGCCGCAAUAUCUUCCAUACCGGCCCCAUAACAGCGAGUUCACGCCGCCCGCGUCCCCGCAACCGCUAAAUCCAUAUGCCCUCCCUGCGGCGAGAAAGGGCUUUGGAUCCGGGAGGUCAAGAUACCCGGCAAACCUGCAGAUGGACUCCACGCCUGCCCCUGCGUACGAGCGCCCAACGUACAGCCCGUCACCGUCCUCGAGCCCGCCUCUCCCUCCCCUGCCCUCUCCGAAAUACGUCUCACGACAGCGAGCUCCCUCCCUCCUUCGCCAUGCUGCCGCACCUUCUCCGCUGAACGAGGGAUAUCCGCGGGCGGAGCAACCCACAAUAUCCCCCACACUCCCUCAGCCAAUGGUGCGACAGGGUAGCGGUACAAGCUCCGCGAGCGACCCGCGAUCAGUAUUCAAUCCCCUGGCAAGCAAUCCAGUCAAUCAAGCAGGUCCGUCAUGGGAAUCGACGACAGAAGAUCCGUCAGCUGCCGUGGCACAGCACAGAAUGCGUGGAAUGACCAGCUCGUCACAAUCCGGCUUUCGCCCUUACCCGCCAUUAAGAGCCGCAACAUCUAUACCUGACUAUGGGCCGUUCAGGAGCAGUGACCAUGCUAAUUUGUCAGGAGCGUACAGGCCAAAUCGGGGCGGUCCGAAUUGGUCCCAUAACGAUCACUAUCCUCAUCGACAAUUCCGCGGCGAGGAAGCCCGGGCCAGUUUUCGAUCCGGAUGGACUAACGCAUCAUCGAGCUUUAUGGAGGCGAGCGGCACGGAACGAAGCAGCAUGGCUACAGGUCGAAGCUCGAUCAGCGACCAUCGAGCAAGCACCUAUUCGCGAGACCUCUCCGAGGACCCGGACAUGUCGAGCGAGACCCUUCCGACUACCGUAACGCCCGACGACGAAGACGUGAUGAGUACUGUGGAGGAUGUGAUCGAUGCUUAUUGCUAUGAUGAGGAGGAGCGAGAGCAGGAACUCAGGGAGAGCAACCGUGGGAUGCUUGACUAUUCCCAUGACGCAUUGGGCCUCGAAAACCCAGACCAUUCAUCCACUCAUUCGGUUGAGGCGGGAUCCCGAAGCUCCCAAUAUUCUCCUGAGCUCCCAGCACGGGCAGCUGAUCAGAUAGCGCCGCUUCCCAAGGACAACGACGCCGUUCGACGGAGCGCUGACACCUUGGGCAAUCGUUUGUCUGGGCCGGUCAACCCUGGCAUCAAGGUAUCAAACAUGGGCGACGUGAGCCCACUUAGUGCGACCCAUUUCGAUGAUCAGCAGAACGGUCAUAUUAGUUAUCUUCCACCUCUCCAACUCAGUCCUCUGAAGGUCGACUACGAUCCAACACAGCUCAGCCUGGAACAUCCGUCAGUUCAGCCACACGAUAAUGCCUGGCAACGGUCUAGCGAGGAGAUACCCAGACCCGGCUCCAUGGCUGCCCGCACAUCAGUAGUUGGCCCUCUCACGCCCGCCAAACGCAUGAGCAGACCCCCACUACGGCCUCAACUCUCAAGGAAGCACAGUGGUGAUUGUGAAAAGAUGCAAGAGAUCUAUAGAGAGCUGAAGAGCCUACCGCGGUUGCCGAAGAAGAAGUCGCGCAUGUCUCGCCAGGAUUGGGAUGAGAUCCAUGCUUACUCGCAGCGACACUCCAGAGGGCCCAGCGUCUCAAGUAGGACUACAGACGACGCUAAGAAAGCUGAAGUCUCUUCUCCCCCGUCGCCACCCAAGAGGUCGGACCCACUCCCGGAGGUUGACGAAGAUGAAGCCUUCCCACGCCGUGCGUCGACGAGUAUCUUUGACCGCCGAAGUACGCUGUUCGAGCUUGGAAAGUUCCAGCCAUCGCCACCGGCCAAGUCAAAAACCACCGAGUUCAGCAACAAAGCCGUCAUAACCAACAAACAGCGGAUGGGGCUGAGGACUGUGGUAACUGCCGUGGAGCGGGAUCGCUACGGCUUCAAGAAGGUCACCGACAAGAUCAGCCUGCAAGAGUACGACGCGUGGUUUGCCAAAUACGAUGAGUACGUCUCACGGCGGCGAAACAAAUGGAUCGCCCUCAUGGGAAAGCAAGGCCUUCCGACCAUUAACCCGUCGCAAUUCCCGGAGCCGUGCGAUAAGGUGAAGCGAUACGCCCGGAAAGGCUAUCCACCCGAGUGGCGGGGUGCUAUGUGGUGGUUCUAUUCUGGCGGUCAAUACAAGAUACGCCAGGCCGACAUGGCCGGUCUUUACCCUUCAUUAAGGACACGAGUGAACCAAGGCGAACUCAACAGGGAUGAUCGUGAAGCCAUUGAGCGAGAUCUGGACAGGACAUUCCCAGACAACAUACACUUCCGCCCUGACUCCACGCCCGACAACCCCGAUGAAAAGGCGGCCCAGGAGCCGUCCCUCAUCACGGACCUUCGAGAGGUUCUUUCUUGCUUUGCUCUGAACAACCCCAGUAUUGGAUACUGUCAAUCCUUGAACUUCAUUGCCGGUCUUCUUCUCCUCUUCCUCAAGCAGGACACGGAGCGAGCCUUCGUCUUACUUACGAUCAUCACUCAACACCACCUUCCCGGCGCCCACGCUAGAAGCCUGGCAAACACCGAGGUGAACGUCUUGAUGAUGUUAAUCCGCGAUUACCUUCCAAAGGUUUGGGCUUCGAUCAACGAUACCGAUCUCGUCAACAGCGGGCCUGGCUCUCACGCUCACCCCGACUCCAAGUUCCAGCGCCAGCCCACGGUUGCCCUGUCAUGCACCUCCUGGUUCAUGAGUCUCUUCGUCGGUGUCCUACCGAUUGAGACCGUUCUCCGCGUCUGGGACGCAUUCCUCUAUGAAGGACCUCGCGCAUUGUAUCGCUACGCGCUCGCCAUUUUUAAGCUCGGUGAAGGGGAAAUUCGCAAGUACCGGCCCGGAGACGGUGAGCUCUUCAUGGCAGUGCAGAACCUACCGCGCCGGUGCCUGGACCCAAACGUCCUCCACGACAUCGCCUUUGUCAAGAAGGGCUUCGGGUCGCUGACCCAGAACGUCAUCGACCAGAAGCGGCUCUUCUGGCGAGAGCAGAAUGAGCGGGCGAAGAGGAGCGCUAGUCAAAAGUCAAAGAACGGG